GUUCCGGAGUCAUACCAAACGCAAACUUUUACGCUGGCAGGCCCUCCGAAGAUGCGAAAAUGCAGUGUCCCUGUUGGCCUCUGCCCCAAGUCGCCGAGGUCAGACAGCUCAUCCAAGGAUUGACGAAAGGCCAACAUCAGUCGAGGCUUUGGGGCGUCAACACGCUGCCAUUGGUCCGCCGCAGUCCCAAAGGUCACGCUGUUUUCCUGCAAAAGCCUUUAACUAGCCGCCGCUGCGUGGCGUCGUUCGGAGGGGCGGAUGCGCACCUCCCUGCUACAUGUGUGCGAUGGGGUAGAUUUGCGUGCAUUGUCUAUGAUGGAAAAUGUUUCCGUUGUCGCAAUGUUGACUCUGUCUGGUUUGAAUUUUCCAUUUGCGCAAAGACUCGUCAUUUUUGUGCUUGUGCUACUCUGCUACCUCAUCAUCCUGCUGAGCAAUUUGACCAUCGUUUUGGUCAUCGUUGCAGACAGGAAGCUCCAUCAGCCCAUGUAUGUCUUCCUGUGUAACUUAUGCAUCAACGCCGUGUACGGGUCGGUCGGCUUUUACCCCAAAUUCCUGGUGGAUCUCCUGUCGUCUCAUGUGAUUUCAUACACCGGCUGCUUGCUGCAAGGUUUUGUCAUACACUCGUCAAAUACUUAUGAUUUUUCCAUCUUGGCACUGAUGGCUUACGACAGGUACGUGGCUCUGUGCCGGCCUCUUGCUUAUCGAUCUUUCAUGACGCGGCAGCGAGUGUCGCUCUUUGUGUUUUUGUCCUGGUUCAUACCUCUGUUUUGUAUGUUUAUGAACACGGCAUCCCUCUUGGGGAAAAAGCUGUGCGGCUCUCACAUCAACAGGCUCUACUGCGUCAACCUGAUGGUGGUCAACCUCGCUUGCUCCCCGCCCAGAGCCAACAGCAUCAUCGUGGCGUUCAACCUCGGGCUAUAUUUCUUGCACUUUCUGUUUAUUUGUUGGUCUUACGUGUACCUAAUCAAAUUGUGCAUUUCGUCCACACAGAUGUGGAAAAAGUUCAGGCACACGUGCUCGCCGCACUUGGCCUGCCUGCUCACUUACACCGCGACCGUGCUGCUGGAUUUGUUGUACAUGCGAUUCGGUUCGGCGCAGUUGUCGCAACACUUGCACAACUUCAUGACCAUCGAAUUUCUCCUCAUUCCUCCGAUUUUCAAUCCGCUCAUCUACGGGCUGCAGUUGACACACAUCCGCAACAGGAUAUUGAGUUUUUUCCACACAAAAAAGAAGAUACGCAGCUUUUAGGCCGGGGUAAUGUGCCUGUGUGUGGGCAAAAUGUUGGACGGGAUGUUUGUGAAUGAGGUUUUUGUCCAUGAACAGAAAUGAAAGAAUGGAGAUUGGUCUCCAUCACUGUUGGUCAAUGCAGAAUAUCAUUUUGCUUCGUUUUCAAAUCAUGAAAUGUACAGGUGCAUCUCAGCAUCUUUUACUCGGUAAACCAUUCACAAUAUCAAUUGCCUAAUUGUGAUUUGCAGCUUCAUUUUCAUUCUUUUAAUGCAAUAUGCUAAUUUCUUGUUAUGGUGAAUCUGGGGUUUUAUUUGCUUUAAUAGCAAUGAUAAUAAUCAAUGAUGAUGAUUAAAAAAUGAAAUCAGGAUCAACAUGCCUCCUUUAUCUUCUAUGGACAAUUUAUAUAGUGGAUUUUAUAGCCCAAUGGUUUUUCAUGUCGAGAAAUGUAUAUAUGUGGUGACUGUCCCCUCGAAUGUCAUUUUGAAUAAAAGUUUU